GUACAUUCUGAAGCAGGGCAGUUUCAGCUAUGACACCUGCAGCAUGUGCCAGGAGCUGCAGCAGCAGCGGGAACAGCAGCAGCAGCAGCAGCAGCCUGUGCGCGGUUCAUCUUCCCCUCUUCAGAGCGGUAAAUAUCAGCUGAUCGGUUGUGACAGAGGCAGCAGCGAGAGCAGCAGGAGAAGCCAGCAACCCACAGAGCUUUUCUGGAGAAUUAAAUCCAGGACAGAAAGUAGACCACCCAAUAGCUGGAUCCAAAGAAACAUCCUACAUGGAACGGUUUGUACAAACCAUAGUUUGCUAUGGGGUGUGAAGUGAACCAGUGGUGAAAUUCAGCCGGAUCUAUCCGGAUUGUGCAAUCCGGUAGCACCGGUGGUGGGAGGUUCCGCCCACCUGCCUGGACGUCAUCACAUCCCGUUUUUGACACUCUGCGCAUGCGCAGAAGGCUCUGCGCAUGCAUGGAGGAGGUGUGUGCACUCACAUUUGUGAACCGGUAGCGAAGAAUGAUUGAAGAUUGUGGGAAAAGAGGCGCUACCAUGGCAGAAAGGAGGCAGCUGUUUGCAGAAAUGCGGGCUCAAGAUCUGGAUCGUAUCCGUUUGUCCACCUACCGAACAGCAUGUAAGCUUAGAUUUGUGCAGAAAAAAUGCAACUUGCACCUAGUAGACAUUUGGAAUGUUAUAGAAGCAUUGCGGGAAAACUCUUUGAAUAACUUGGACCCAACUAUAGAGCUGAAUGUGGCUCGACUCGAAGCUGUGCUGUCCACUAUUUUUUAUCAACUCAACAAACGUAUGCCAACAACCCACCAGAUUAACGUCGAGCAAUCCAUCAGUUUACUGCUCAACUUUUUGCUGGCAGCUUUUGAUCCAGAAGGACAUGGAAAAAUAUCUGUGUUUGCUGUCAAAAUGGCCUUGGCAACACUUUGUGGAGGAAAGAUUAUGGAUAAAUUAAGAUAUAUAUUCUCAAUGAUUUCAGACACUAGUGGGAUAAUGAUGUAUGGAAAAUAUGACAUGUUUUUGCGAGAAGUUCUUAAACUGCCGACUGCAGUCUUUGAAGGUCCUUCUUUUGGUUAUACAGAACAAUCUGCAAAAUCUUGUUUUUCUCAACAGAAAAAAGUUACACUGAAUGCUUUUUUGGAUACUCUUAUGUCUGAUCCUCCCCCACAAUGUCUUGUCUGGUUGCCACUUCUACACCGAUUGGCAAAUGUUGAAAAUGUCUUCCACCCUGUUGAGUGUUCCUAUUGCCAUAGUGAGAGCAUGAUGGGAUUUCGCUACCGAUGCCAGCAGUGUCACAAUUACCAGCUCUGUCAAGAUUGCUUUUGGAGGGGACAUGCCAGUGGUUCCCAUAGCAACCAACACCAAAUGAAAGAAUACACGUCAUGGAAAUCUCCUGCUAAGAAGUUAACUAAUGCACUUAGCAAGUCCUUAAGCUGUGCUUCCAGCCGUGAACCCUUGCACCCGAUGUUCCCUGAUCAGCCUGAAAAACCUCUAAACUUGGCACAUAUAGUGCCUCCUAGACCGGUCACCAGCAUGAAUGACACACUAUUCUCCCACUCUGUUCCCUCAGGAAGCCCUUUCACAAACAGAAGCUCUCCUUACAAGGAUAAUGAAGUAGAGCAGGACAAAUUGCUGGCUAGGGCUGUUCCAGGUUUUUUGAAAGGCAAAGGGUUACAGUAUAGCCUCGAUGUUGCAGACAGGCUGGCUGAUGAACAUGUUCUCAUUGGGUUGUAUGUCAACAUGCUCCAGAACAACCCCUCACGUUUACUUGACAGCCCAAACCGUCUAGAUGAAGAACAUAAACUGAUCGCCCGGUAUGCAGCAAGACUGGCAGCAGAGACUACUUCAUCACAGCCACAACAGCAACCACAACAAAGAGGCACUCCAGAUAUUUCAUUCUCUAUUGAUGCAAAUAAGCAACAACGACAGCUUAUUGCAGAACUUGAAAAUAAGAACAGAGAAAUCUUACAAGAGAUUCACAGGCUGCGGCUUGAACAUGAGCAGGCAUCUCAGACCACCCCAGAAAAGGCAGCACAAAACCCUACGCUCCUGGCAGAACUUCGCCUCCUGAGACAGAGGAAAGACGAGUUGGAACAGAGAAUGUCAGCUCUUCAGGAAAGCCGAAGAGAACUCAUGGUUCAGUUAGAAGGCCUCAUGAAACUACUCAAGGAAGAAGAAUUGAAGCAGGGAACCCAAGGGGCAGGCUCUCCUCGCUCAUCUCCCAGCCACACGAUCAGUCGGCCAAUUCCAAUGCCUAUCAGAUCUGCAUCUGCCAGCUCAACUCCAGCCCACACACCACAAGAUUCUCUGACAGGGGUGGGAGGAGAUGUGCAAGAAGCUUUUGCGCAAGGUACAAGAAGAAAUUUAAGAAAUGACUUGUUGGUAGCUGCUGAUUCAAUCACCAAUACCAUGUCUUCUCUCGUGAAAGAGUUAAACUCAGAAGUUGGAAGUGAGACAGAAAGUAAUGUGGAUUCAGAGUUUGGUCGGACUCAUUUUGAUGAUCUUGUUCCAUCACCAACUUCUGAAAAGGCUUUUCUGGCACAAAUCCAUGCCCGGAAGCCAGGAUAUCUUCACAAUGUAGCUGCUACUGGAACCAUUCGCAGUGACCUGGUUACAGAGGAUGGAGAUUCUUACGUUAGAGCUGAUGAUGAGAACUAUGAAAAUGAUUCUGUCCGCCAACUAGAGAAUGAACUCAAGAUGGAGGAGUAUAUGAAGCAGAAACUGCAAGAUGAAGCUUAUCAGGAAAGCUGCAGUCAAAUGGAUAAUGAAAGUGAUGUAAGAACUGAGAAGGGGAAAGAGAAGGAGGAAGAGGAAGAAGAAGACAACACUCCGACUAAUGACAAAGAUAGCCUAGCUGCCAGCUUCAAGGAAGAAGUGAAAAAUCAAAUGCAGCCUCUCUAACCAACUAGGUCUCCAGACUGUAGCACAAUUAUUUUGUUUGCCAAGUUCUAGUCUGUAGUUGUUUUAUUUUUGAAGAUUAAAAAAAUGAUUUUUAUUUAAAGCUAAAUUAUAUCAGCUACAUCAUAUGUAACAUGGCUUAUUAUUGAUGAAGAACACUGGCUGUACUAACAAAAUACAAACCCUUUGCACAUACUUUUAAACCUGUUCAGUUUACAAUGACAGUACUGUUUAUAUUAGGAGUUUGAUUUCUGAAUAAUUUGAGGUUUGAGAACACUUUCCUACACACUGUACAUUGUUUUUUCCAUGGAGGGAAUUUUAAAAGUAUAAUGAUGCAUUUAUCGUUGAAUAAAUAUACUCCUGUGUGUACAUAUUUAUAGCCCAAAAUGAACUAUAGUUGCAAUAUUGAACCCAACCACAUUUACAGAAUUCUCACAGAUAUUACUAGGAAUUGCACACAUGUUGAUAUUACAAUAUUACAAUAUUGCAUCUUUGGAUAGCAAUUUGUUUUUAAUAUUUCUGCAAAAUAAAUGAAUGAAAAUUUAAAAACAAACUUGUACAAAAUGCACUAAGAAGUAUCUCUAUGACUUAGGGCUACUACAUAACUUAACGAAUGUUUUCUUUCAAAAUAUAAUCUAACAAAUCAGCCAUAGAAGUUAGUGUAAAUAUUUUCUUUCCAAAUAGAAAUCAUAUACAAAAGACAACAUUCAAGUUAUAUAGAAUCUAGUUUUUAAAAUCAGUACAGAUCUUCUUAAAACUGUGAACUAUGUUUUGAAAUACUCGUUACUAAAGCUGUUUAUAAACCACAGGUGCCAUAAAAUCCCUAAACUAAUUGUAUAAUCUUCAUUAUAUUAUUUUGUUGCAGUUUUAAAACUUUCUUUCACAUAAUCUCCAUCUUUCAUAUCUUGUUGGUUGAGGCCUUCAGCUUUAAAUGUACAGGCUUUAAAAGAUUGCUUGCAAUUACUUUCUUUUCUUAUUUUUGAAUGUGCAUUGCCUUAGUCAACCACCAGUUGUUUUGUGUGCAUUCUUGGAAAUGGGCCGGGAUAUCUGCAGGGUAUUGUCAAAAAAUCAAGAUGGCUGCCAUGCACAUCUUGCAAUGUACAUAAAUAGGCAGAGCUUUUAUCACAUUAUCAUGGCUGCCAUCUUGCCUUUUUUUAAUCUCACCCUCUGGACACCCCUGAAAUGAGUAGAGAGACUUUCUUCAGGGGCUGAAUGGGGUAAUCUGCUAAAUAUGAAAAGCACAUGGAGGGGAGGUGUGUCCUUUUUAAGAAGAAAAAAAGAAUACAUUAUAUAUUUACAGCAGUAUCUCUUUUGAGUAAACCUAAUAUGCUAUUUAAAAAAUAAUAGAGGCUACUCCCCUGAGGAUUAUAUUUGGAAAAUAUACUUUGCAAUCUUAUUUUCCCUAUGUAGUAAAUUAGUUACAAGCAAAUUUUAGUCCCAAGGAAAACAGCAAAUGGUUUAGAAAUUGUUAAGUGUAAGGGCAAUGUUUUAUUAAUGAUGCAACAACUCUAACAUUAAGCAUGAAUUUAGAAAAGCUCAAAUAUGUAAAUCCAGAGUUAUUGUUAAAAGAAUAAUAACUCCUUAAACGUGCUUAUAUAUAUUGUAUUGUCCAUAUUAAAAGCUGAAUCUUUCUGUUGAUUCUACAAGGGACAUGCUUCAUAUCAAAGAUGUAUGAAUUAAAUAACUCUAAGUACUUUCUCACUCAUACACAAAAUAAUUCCUGACAUCUUCCUUCUUGUGUCUUUCUCAACAUUGUCUCUAUGUAGUCAAAUCACAGAAUUUAGAGAACUGCAGAAAAUAAUUUUUAAAAAUGUUUACAUAGAGACAACCCAGAAACCCCACCUUUGCAAUAAUUACUCUUUACUCCUGCAGUGUCUACCAUCUUCACAUGGUGGAUAUGUAACUUUUGACAACUUACCUCUCCUAUGCCCUUCUCUCAGGAACCGGUUACUCUCUACUAGUGCCUAGCACACAUCAGUUAGUACUAGACAGUAUAUUGGCAAUUCUUGCUGACAGCUCAGGACUCCAGCCAAGUAUUUCCUAAAGAGAAGCAAAAUGUUAUUGAAAAGAUCUAAAUCCAGCCAGAUACCUACAGUUAGAAUAGUGAUUGUGUUUCUCUGAUAUAGUCCUUAAUUUACACACCCAUAUUGCAUGUAAAGCUCAUGCAUGAGUCUAAACUUUGGAAAAUCUGUGCAACAUUGUCAUCACAACAUAUGCACCAUUUUCUCAGUGUGGUUUCAGCACAGAUUCCCCAAAGCAGAGCUCUAGGUGGCCUCUUAUACUCUGGAAGUCCAAGUUAAAGCACUUUUUCAUUUGCCUCCAAAACCAAAACCUAAAUUUGCUACAUCAACCAGUGUUAAGCUGACAGUGGCUCAGUAUGGACAAUACUUUCCCCUGAUUUCUAUCUAGCAUCUGGGAAGCAAAAGUGUCAUCAUCUAACACAGCAACUCAACCUCCUGAGCCUUUAGUUUGAAUAAAGAUAUGCUUGCAUAAAACUCCACUAGCAAAGGCCUUAAAUCAGAUGUCCUGUUUCUGUAUUGUAUCUGGAAUGUCAUAAGACCUAAUGGAAUAGGAUAUUAUGUAGAUGUCCUUAUUCAGAUGUACAUCAACUUGCAUGCCCAAGGAAUCCAGGCCCAUAGCUAGUGUUACAGACAUACUUUUCCAUGCACAAUGAAACAAGCAUAUAGAGGAAGUUAGAGUUUUGUCCCAAAUGUGCCAAUGUUUUAGCCCAUAGAGUCUUUUGUUUGCUAAACAUGUUUGGAUGGCAAACUUCAAAGUUGCUGGAAUGGUUGAAAUAGCCAUUUAUCAUUUUUCAUGGUUGUUUACUAUAGCCCAAAACUCUUUGUGGAUUGUUAAUGGAAAAGAUCAUUAAGAGGCAGGAAUUAGAAUGUGAAGAUAGCAGGAUUCUUGAAUGUUGAAAGAAAAGAGAGGAUAGAAUCUCUGUAAGUAGUAAUGUUAACUUUAAAACUGCAUUAAAAGGUGUGUGGCCUUUGUUGUGAUAAUAUGUAUUUUCUUAUAUGCAUGAGACAAAAUGUUGCAUCAUUAUUUAGCACAGAUGUCUGCCUUUUACUUUAGCCACUUUCCUCCAUUCUUAUGAGUUCCUUGGAAUUACUGUAGAUAUAUCUUGUAAAUAUCACAACUGCGGGUUGCAGCAGUUAGGUUGGUUCAAUUCAGUGCCAGAGCCUUGAAUGACAGGACAGGAAUUUAUUUGUGAACCAAAAAGUAUGAAGAAUUACAUCUUGAAGCUACUAACUGUCUAAUGUUUUUAACUACUGUUAUUUCACACCAGUCUGAAUGGACACACUGCAAAUUUUACAUUAUCCAUUGGUAUUGUAAACAGAACUAUUAUUGUAUGGGGGUUUUUUGUAUUGCUGUUAAGUAUUGUUUUGUGUGUGUGUGUGUGUGUUAAGCCUACUGGGGACAUAUUUUGAAGUGAUUAAACUAUUUAAUUGUGUGUCUAUAUUUUGGAAUGGAAUUAUUUCUUCAUUAAAAAAGAAUUU